AUGUCUACGACGACCAAGAAACAGUACGACGUACUCAGCCCGUGGAAACUGGCGUACGUGGUCCUCCGCACGGCGCGGUUCGACGAGAUAGUCGACUUCUAUAAGCGCUUCCUUAGGGCCGGGAUCGAGUUCGAGAACGAGCGGGCGUACUUGUUACGGUACGACGACGAGCACCACCGGAUCGGCAUCAUCAAGUUCAAUAACCUCUCCAAUAAUAGCGGAUUAGGAUUAGUGCUCGAGUAUAUCGCGUUUACGUUCCGUAACCUCGCGGAUCUCGUUACGGCCUUUCGCGAGAACCCGGUCGGCACUAACUUUAACCCGGAGGAGCUUAAGCGCCGCGUCCAGUCGGGCGAGGAUCAUACUGCCAUCAAGCGCCGCGUCGAGAUUGGGCCGAGGGCGUUCCCUACCAUGGUGGGCGUAAGGCUAUGGAAAAAAAAAGAAAGGAAGAGGGAGGGGGGGAAUGGUUUACAACAGGCUACCUACUAG